GAGGCGAGAGCGAGAGACGAGGUUGUACUGGGUUUUACACAACACUCGCCGCUUGUCACACGUCGCGGUGCGACGUAGUCGUGUUAUCAUACAUCCCGGUAACAAACGUGAUUUAGAUUUAUUUAUUUAUGCUCAUAAUAUUUCAACCGAGUAUUUGCUUUUAAUUGGUUAAAUAAAUGUGAUUUUAAAUAUUUUACCAACUGACAGUGACAUAAUCUAAGAUUUUGUUGGAUUUUUUUUUUAUUAUUUAUUAUAUUUAUUAUUGUGAUAAUAAAACGUGAGUUUUUUGUUUUGUUGGUGAAAUUCAGGGCCCCAGGCCCAAUAUUGGUAUUUGUUUUUAUCAAUUACGUCAAGAACUGAGCUGUCAUACGGGUCAUGGUAAGCGGAGGGAUGGCCGGGCAGCAUUACUGCCUGAGGUGGAACAAUUACCAGUCGAAUAUGACCUCAGUAUUCCACCAGCUUCUGCAAACGGAGGCUUUCGUGGACGUAACACUGGCCUGCAACGAGGCAUCGUUAAAGGCGCACAAGGUCGUACUGUCAGCAUGCAGUUCGUACUUUAAAAAACUGCUCCUGUCGAAUCCUUGCAAGCAUCCUACGAUAAUUAUGCCUCAGGAUGUGUGCUUUAAUGAUUUGAAGUUUAUUAUCGAGUUUGUUUAUAAAGGAGAAAUUGAUGUCUCGCAAGCAGAACUUCAGUCUUUGCUGAAAACGGCGGAUCAAUUGAAAAUAAAAGGGCUGUGCGAGGUGCCGGAGAGCAAGGAAGCGCCAGCGACAGUGAGUUUAAGCUCGUCACCGCGAGAACCAGGAGGUGCGUCGAGGUUCAAUUACACGAAGCUGAAGAGGCAUCACCCGAAGUACAAGCGCCAGCGAACGAGUCUAGGAGCCGGAGGAGGAUCUGCUGGCGAUUCCGCUGCUGGGAGGCCCACGAGCACCGACAGGUACAAAGAGGAGGAGAACGAGAACAACAGCAAGGCCGGGUUCGGCUGUGAAAACGACAAAGAGAAUCACCGGGGUGACUGGCAGACGGAGGAUGAGGAGUGCGGAGGAGACGCAGCAGUAAUCCUGGAAUCCUGCCAGCGAGACACCAACAACGGUAACGGCACAAACAACAAUAACGGUGACAUGUUUUGCCAUACAGGCUUAGGACACUACGGGCACCAUCCGGACCCAGGCGAGGUCGACUUGCCUCCAGAGACCCAGCCCACGCCGCCGAGCGCCACGCUCGUUGGUACCACCAUCACACAUCUCAGGGACACCGAUAACCAUUCUACAGAUAUACAAAAUUGUGAUAACGUAAAAAUAAAAUUCGAAACCCUUCACACGAUGGAUUCAUCGGAUACCAUAGACAUAGACAGCCACAUGUCGGAUUGCGCGAGCGUGAGUUCAAAGCACGCAGCCGAGGGUGACAAUAUGAUGAUGAUAACGCCAGAGCUGUUGGGCCUUAUGCCCUCGGGCAGCUCAGUGCACUCUAACUCGGGGGAGAACAACUCCAGGAGUCACUCCGGGGGUUCGGGCCACCAUCACGGCUCCAAGUCUUGGACCCAGGAGGACAUGGAUGCUGCGUUGGACGCUCUGAGAAAUCACGAUAUGAGUUUAACGAAAGCGUCUGCAACCUUUGGAAUUCCCUCGACAACUCUCUGGCAGCGAGCUCACAGAUUAGGGAUCGACACUCCAAAGAAAGACGGACCAACUAAGUCCUGGAGCGACGAGAGUCUCAACAGCGCCCUGGAGGCGCUAAGAACGGGAACAAUUUCGGCGAACAAAGCAUCGAAGGCAUUCGGAAUUCCCUCUAGCACUCUAUACAAAAUAGCCAGGCGGGAAGGGAUAAGAUUGGCUGCGCCAUUCAACGCCAGUCCCACCACCUGGUCGCCCGCGGACCUGGACAGGGCUCUGGAAGCUAUCAGGUCAGGACAGACCUCGGUCCAGAGAGCUUCCACCGAGUUCGGCAUACCCACGGGGACUCUCUACGGCAGAUGCAAGAGAGAAGGAAUUGAACUGAGUCGGAGUAAUCCGACUCCUUGGAGUGAAGAUGCCAUGACUGAAGCUCUUGAAGCUGUCAGAUUAGGACACAUGAGUAUUAACCAAGCAGCAAUUCACUACAAUCUACCAUACUCAUCUCUGUACGGUCGAUUUAAGCGCGGAAAAUACGAAGAGCCAGUUGUGACGGAGCUUUCUCAGGACGGGACGAACCCUCACUUCCACCAGAGUCCGCACCACAACCACUCUUCCUCGCUUCCGGAUCAGUUGCCCUACCAGGGCAGCUGAAAUUUACCUCUAUACUAGGCUCUCUGUACGAUGCCUAGCUUCGUCGCUCUCGAUAAAAUUUUUCCCUUUGACAAAUUUACAGAGUAUAAAUUACAACAAAAAUAAUAAUAAUUAUUAUUUUUAUUAUUAAUGCUCUAAUAAUGUCGAAGGUUAAUAAGACCGAUUGCGUUGCGAAAUUAUUUCUUAAAGUAUUAAAAAAAAAAAAACUAAAACCAACCCAUUUUAUUAUUUAAUUAUUUUAUUAUAAUAAUAAAAUAAAAUGAAAAUUUUUAUUGUUUUUACGGCAAAAGUGUUAUUAUAAAAAAAACACUAAAAAAAAAAAUUGCCGACAAACGUAACAAUGAGGCAAAUAAAAUGUACAGGCAGGAUAAUUCCUGUAAAAUUUUUUAUUGUAAUCAAGUAUAGCUAGAAGAUGUUUUAAAUUAGUGACGGAGCAACAAAAAAAAAAUUAAAAAAAAAAUUAAAUAAUAAAAUUCAAUAAAUAAAUAUAAGUACAAGUGUUACUCCGGCUUAUAAUUUAC